UUUAAAGAGGUACUUGCUCUCGGUAGCUGCUCCGGCGAGGCGAAAACCUAACUCAUAGGUGACCAGACAUUGAGCAACAGGAACAAACGCUGAGAAGACAGUAUAUAAACCAGGCUGACAUGACCACCCCCCCAGGAGUGUGGUGGAGGAAACCCCACCUGGUCUUGAGGGGCGGAGUGAGAGGACGACAGACUCACGCGAAGGGACUGCAACGCCAAGGACGGGACGGCUCCAAAGAGGUGCUUGUUCCGGGCUGAAGGUGGCGGUGCCAUCACACACAGUCCAUGGCAUCAGGGGUCAGGCUCUCUACCUCCCCGUACACUAUGGAUUCCACACUCCGGCAUCAGACAUCCAGAUCAUAUGGCUGUUUGAGAGACCCCACACGAUGCCCAAAUACUUACUGGGCUCUGUGAACAAGUCUGUGGUUCCCGACUUGGAAUACCAACACAAAUUCACCAUGAUGCCACCCAAUGCCUCCCUGCUCAUCAACCCAUUGCAGUUCACUGAUGAAGGCAAUUACAUCGUGAAGGUCAACAUUCAGGGAAAUGGAACUGUGUCAGCUAGUCAGAAGAUUCAAGUUACCGUUGAUGAUCCUGUCACGAAACCAGUGGUGCAGACUCAGCCUUCCUCUGGGGCUGUGGAAUAUGUGGGGAACAUGACCCUGACGUGCCUCGUGGAAGGGGGCACCCGGCUGGUCUACCAGUGGCUAAAAAAUGGGAGGCCUGUCCACACCAGCUCCACCAACUCCUUUUCUCUCCAAAACAACAGCCUUCAUAUUGUUCCAGUGACCAAAGAAGACAUUGGGAAUUACAGUUGCCUGGUGAAGAACCCUAUCAGUGAGAUGGAAAGUGACAUCAUUAUGCCUACCAUAUAUUAUGGACCUUAUGGACUUCAAGUUAAUUCUGAUAAAGGGCUAAAAGUAGGAGAAGUGUUCACUGUGGAUAUUGGAGAAGCCAUCUUGUUUGAUUGCUCUGCUGAUUCUUACCCUCCCAACACCUACUCCUGGAUCCGGAGGACAGACAAUGUCACAUAUGUCAUUAAGCAUGGGCCUCGCUUGGAAGUUGCAUCCGAGAAAAUAGCCCAGAAGACAACUGACUAUGUGUGCUGUGCUUACAACAAUGUAACUGGAAGGCGAGAUGAAACUCAUUUCACCAUCAUCAUCACUUCUGUAGGAAUAGAGAAACUUGCACAAAAAGGGAAAUCAUUGUCCCCUUUAGCAAGUAUAACUGGAAUAUCACUCUUUUUGAUUAUAUCCAUGUGUCUUCUCCUCCUAUGGAAAAAAUAUCAACCCUACAAAGUUAUAAAGCAAAAGCUAGAAGGCAGGCCAGAAACUGAAUACAGGAAAGCUCAAAUGUUUUCAGGCCACGAAGAUGCUCUGGAUGACUUUGGAAUAUAUGAAUUUGUUGCUUUUCCAGAUGCUUCUGGUGUUCCCAGGAUGCCAACGAGAUCUGUUCCAGCCUCUGAUGGUGUACCAGGGCAAGAUUUGCACAGUACAAUUUACGAAGUUAUUCAGCACAUCCCUGCCCAACAGCAAGACCAUCCAGACUGUGGAAAAGAAUAAAAGAAUUUAAGGUUCUUCGACCUGUAGACCUGGAAAUCUAUAGAACAUUUUACACGUCUCUUCGCCAGGUGAGCAUUCGUGGGCAAAGCAAUGCAUUGAAGCGAAAUAAUGAAAGCACAUUUUGAGGAAAAACAGUGAAAAUGUAUAUUCAUCCGGAAUCAGUGAAGGAAUCAAACCCAAUACCUCUUACUCAUCACUCCUUUUAAUGCAGAAUAGAGUCAUUUAUAAAAAUCAGACUGCAGUUUUUCCAGCAUACACACAAUGCAUUCUGCUACAGAGGAGCAUGGUGGGGAAAGAGUUCUCAGUGGACAGUCUUUAUUGCCCUGACGGAAGGAAGAAAAGGACGGGACUUUCCAAUUACUUUUUUUGUAUCAAGUUUCCUACAAAGCUCAAUUAGUUCUAAUCUAUAUGUUCCAUUUCAUCAGCAUUGACACUAUCCUAUCUAACCUACAAAUGUGGAAACCUUAUAUUUGUAAAAAUUUCAGCAGGCUUUGUUUUAUUAAAUUCUCAUUACUGCUAAGAUUGCUAUAUUUUUUUAUGCCAUUCCCAAACUUCCUUCUUGCUAUUUGUACCACAGAAUAAUAAAGAUGAUUGUCACAAAAGCAAGACUGUGCCUUCUAGGUUGUCAAUCACCAAUGGUGUUUUUGAAAAGACUUGUAAAAUGCUGAAGGAAAUGACUUAGAGUCUUAUUUUUAUUUU